AUGAAUGAGCCGUACUCUGGUUAUCACGCUGUUGUCUCCUACAUAAAAGAUAACACGCAAUGUUCCUACACUGAAUUUUUAAAUCUUAAUCGUAAUGUCGUCCUUUUCUCGCAACCUUUUUCAAAUGAAUGGAGUGUUCUUGACCUCACUUGGGCUCGUAGAUUUUUGACGAAAGCAAAAGAAUUAAAAGAAUAUGACUAUGCAACUAUAGAAGAAAAGGUAAAAAAACAACGUGAAAACAAGGGUUUGCAGAUCUACUGGGAAACAAUAAUCUACGAGCGGGAAAAGAUGGAGGCACAGCGAGCACAUCUCACUGGUAGUAUGAAAGUGUACAGCAAAGUGGCAGAACACAACGCUGAAAUAUUAUCUUCCGAAGACUAUUCCAAUAUCUUUCCUUCAAAUACCUCCAUGUCCCCUGAAAUUGAGCCAGAAAUCGAUGUUUCUGAGAACAAAGAAGGUUCGAAAACAAGUAAUUUGGAUACACCAGAUCACGAGGAGACGGAUGAUGAAGAGGAGGUGGAGACGACUGACAAUAAAGAGGUGAAAGAAAAUAAGAGAGAAUGUGGAAACUUUCAACGGGAAAAUAUGUCGAAGAAGAAUUCUUUAAUUAGGAAAACAAUUAAAAUUCGAGCAGUUAAUGUCAGUGAUGAGAUAAUUAAGCACCAUUUCAAUAAGGAAGAACGUGAUGAAAUAGAUUCCGCGCCCGGUCCACAGGUGCCUGGUAUUUCGGAUGAAAUAAAUGAUUUUCUGAUGGAGUUCCUUGACAAGUCGACAUUGAAAGAUAUUCGAAAGAUUAUAAAAGAAAUGAUGUUUGAUGAUAAUUAUGAUCACAAAAAAGAUCAUGAUAAGGAUUAUAUCAUUUAUGCCAUAUAUUCAUUAGAAAUUGAAAACGGAAGCUUGAAAGUAGCUAAUUUUGAGGCUUGGUUUAAUUGUCACGUGUGGAACCCAAUCCUCGAUCAAGCCUUUGGUGAUAUGGAUGUGAUAACCGUCAUCAGAGUGGAAAGCACAAGCUUGGCAUCAGGAACGCAAAAGAAUGUGAAAAGAUAA